UUUGUCGACUUAUCGGACCGGACUGACGUUGUGCGGGCGUUUUCGGGGCGUUUUUUGUGAAAAACCAAGCACGGACUUUUCGUAGUUUUCCCCGAUAGCACCAACCGUUUGUUUUGUUCCUCUUUUUUUUCUGUUCUGUCUGGGCAUGGCAUCGCAUCCAAGUGUCCGGCUCGAAUUGUGAGUGAAUCACCGAUGGCCGCGGGCGGUGGAAACUGCACCUUUGUGGGAAAUCGAAAUGAAAAUGGGAAUGCAAAUGCAAAUGCAAUCGGCGCAGCGCGGCUACAACAACAACAAAUAGCUAAAAAGGAUUCGCACUCGCAUUCAGUGAAUAGAUUGUAGAAAUUGUCGAAUUAUCCUCCCAAUUCAAGUUCGAUUGGAAAUUAUUCGAAUUGGAAUUGAAAUUGUAACUGGAGUUGGAGUUGGAAUUGGAGUACGAGCGAGAGAGAGAGAGGCAGUGCAAGUGUGUGGGGGUAGCAGUCACACAGACGAGCCAGCGCACGCACACACUCACUACUCCCAGUGCAUAAAACUCCAAAUUGCGUUCGUCUCUCUCUUCGUUCGCCCACGCAACGCCUGCAGAGAAAGAGAGAGAGAGAGCGAAAGGGAGCUCGAGAGCAAGCGAGAGAGCAAGGAAGUGGUUUUUCCACCGAAAAUAUGGACAAAGGCGAACUGCAGAGUUAGCUGAAAAAAAAACGAAGAAACGAGACACAAACAGAAACAAAAACCGAAAUAGCGGUUAACUCCGGGAUUCGGGGCUCCCUUACUGCGAAUCGUUGAAAUUCAAGACGGAUCGCUAUCGCAUUUCUUCAAUUAUGUCUGUUUCGCUUUUCAUUCCGCUGCAAUAAGCGAUCGCCACACAGAAAGGGAGAGACGGCGAGCGAAAGGAGGAGAAGAGAGGCGCUCUCAAUUGACGACUCCACUCCCACUCCCACACACACCCCCUCCCGCCCCUCGUCCCCAUAAUUACUAUGGAUUGUGGUGGUAUUGCGGCACAUCAACAACGGCAACUACAACAGCAACAACUGCACUUACUCCAGCAACAGCUACAACAACAACAUCAGCAGCAGCAGCAACAACAACACAACCUCGAGGAAGCAGCAACAAUAACAAAUAUCAACCUAAGGGGCAUCUUGGUGGACGGCGCUGCCAGCGGCGGAGGAGCAGGCGGAACAGGAGCAGUGGCUGGUGGUGCGACGACCGCCGCUGGCUUCGUGGCUGGUGGGGAUUGCCCUGGAAUUGGCGCCGCAGCUGGCGCUGGCGUCAAGCUGCGCAGGCACAGCGAUCGUCCCCUGACGCCGGAGUCCAAGCAGCUCUCCCACACAUACCGCAUCUCCAUGGCCAAUCUGGAGGACUCGCAGGAGUCGGAGCUGGACCAGAUCCUCGGCGAGCUGAGCCUGCUGGAGGCGCAGAUCAGCUACGGCGAGGCCUCCCUGCUGCCCGCGACCAUUAAUGCUGCUCCACUGGGAGGAACAAUGCAGCCACCACCGCCCGGAGCGGUGGCUUCGUCAUUGGUUUCCAUGUCGGCCGCCUCGUCGCGCUCCCAUUCGCGGACCAACAGCAGCAUCUCGGCGGACGUGAGCAGCUGCUCGUCGUCGGGGAUCUCGGAGAAUGGUCAUGGGAUGGGUCUGGGAAUUGGACUGCCAGGCGGACCAGUGAUUGUCCAUCCACCGCCUCCGCUCGGCAUGACCAUGGGCAUAACGAUGGGCGUUGUGACGCCCCGUGAACCGCGCACCGAGUCGCCCGAUAAUGAUUCGGCCUUUAGCGAUACCGUAUCCCUCUUGUCCAGCGAAUCGUCGGCCUCCUCGAACACAUCCCUGCAGCAACAACAGCAACAGCAGCAACUGCAGCAGCAGCAGCUGCAACAGCAACAGCAGCAGCUUCAGCAGAAGCAGAAGCAACAGCUGGCCAACAGCGGCGAGAAGCAGCAGAGUAUCUCGAAGGCGGCCAAGAUCCAGUUGGCUUUGCACAAGCUGGAGAGCGCCUCCAUCCGGCGGCUGUUCGUCAAGGCCUUCACCUCGGACGGCGCCUCCAAGUCGCUGCUGGUGGACGAGCGCAUGGUCUGCGGUCAUGUGACGCGGCUGCUGGCCGACAAGAAUCACGUGCUUAUGCAGUCCAACUGGGCGCUGGUGGAGCACCUGGGCGAUCUUCAGAUGGAACGCCUCUUCGAGGACCACGAGCUGCUGGUGGACAACCUAAUGACCUGGAACUCGGACGCCGGCAAUCGCGUGCUCUUCCAGCAGCGACCCGACAAGGUGGCUCUGUUUUUGCGCCCCGAACUCUAUCUGCCGGGACCCCAGAUGGCGCCCGGUUGCCAGCAUGACGAGCAGACGCGGCAGAUGCUGCUCGACGAGUUCUUCGACUCGCACAAUCAGCUGCAGUUGGACGGACCGCUCUACAUGAAGGCCGAUCCCAAGAAGGGCUGGAAGCGGUAUCACUUUGUGUUGCGCUCCUCGGGUCUCUACUACUUUCCCAAGGAGAAGACCAAGAACACCCGUGACCUGGCCUGCCUGAAUCUCUUUCACGGCCACAACGUGUACACCGGUUUGGGGUGGCGCAAGAAGUGGAAGUCGCCGACCGACUACACCUUUGGCUUCAAGGCGGUGGCCGAUUCCUCGCUGGGCAAGACGUGCCGCUCCCUCAAGAUGCUCUGCGCCGAGGAUCUGCCCACGCUCGACCGCUGGCUGACGGCCAUUCGGGUGUGCAAGUACGGCAAGCAGCUGUGGGACAGCCGCAAGUCGCUAAUGGAGGAUCUCUGCUUGGGCCGCGAUGCCGAUGCCGUUUCGCAGUCGAGCUUCGCCGUCUCCAUGCGCAGCGAGUCGAUCUCGAGCAUCUCGUCGGCGGUGCCCUCGCAAUGCGGCAGCGUUUCCUCGGCCAUCAGCAGCAUGUCCCAUUCGACCAGCGGCCGCACGUCGCGCGCCUCGAGCAGCAGCUCCAGCGGCUGCCUGUCGGACGACAACAACGGCUUCGACUCGGAAUUCACCACGGGCACCAUUAAGCGCAAGCCCUCGAUGAAGCCCAACCUGCCGCUCACGACGAUGACGCGCCAGCUGAAGGAGGUGGGCGAGAUUACGAUCUGUGAGAGCGGCGGCGGCGGCGAUGCCAGUUCCCCCGAGAGAAGCGGUACGCUGACGCGACGCCACAGCCGCCGCAAGUCGCAGGAGAGCAACGGCAGUGGAACGCUCAAGCGGCGACCCAUGCCGGUGGUUAGCAGCACUGCGGCGGCGGCGGCGGCGGCGGUCAAGCAGGCGGAGCCCAUGGGCAGUGCCUCCUCCACGUCGUCCAGCAGCAAUUCCACGCCCACGCCCACGCCGAGCAUCUGCGCCAAGCCGCCGCCGGGCGAUGCAGCCGCCUCGCUGAUGUGCUCAUCCACGCUCUCCUUGGACUCGCUGCCCCCGCCGCCGCCGGAGGAGGAUCAGGAUGUGUACGGUUCGCAGCUGUCGCUGGCUUCCCUGCCGCCGCCACCGCCGCCCGAGGAGGUGCUGGCCAUGAGCUAUGCAGGGCCGCCCAGUCCAGCCACUCCCACACCAAUGAGCACAAUGAUCAUGCCGAACAGCAAUGGAUCGCUGCCGCCGGCAGUGCCGGCCAAGCCGAUCAAGCCGGCGGUUAAGCAAGCGACUGGCGCUCUGAAGGCAGCGCCACCAUACAAAGCGCCGCCGGAUUAUGUGGGUCCCGCCGCCGCCGGACCGCCGCUGCCGCCGCCGCCGGCGCCUCCCGCCCAGAAGAAGGUCUCGUUUGCGGACUCGCCGGUGCUGCUGCGCCGCAAGAUGUGCUCACCGGAGCCGGUGCUGCCGCAGCGAUCGCCCAGCACCACGCUGAGCUGCAGCUCGACGGGAUCAGCGGCCGCCGCCUAUCAGACCUACGCUCCGGGACCGAUGCUGCCGCCGCGAUCGGAUCUGGCGCGUCUGUCCAGCCAGAGCAACGGGAGCGGGAUUAGUAGCGAGAUCACCUCGCCCAAGCGCCUGCAGGAGUCCGCCUCGAAUCCGCCCCGCGACUUCCUCAAGGAUCUGCAGCGUGUGAUGCGCAAGAAGUGGCAGGUGGCGCAGAAGUGCAAGGCGGAGCCGGCCACCACGCCCCACGAGGUGCUGGGCUUCCGGGACUUUAGCAACGAGGAUCUGCUGGCCGCCCACAACCUAAAUUCGGGGGCCAACUCCUCGCACUACUACCGCGAAACGGCCAACGUGAGCCACUGGGUGCAGGAGCACUACGAGUAUGCGCAUAACGCGCUCUACGAGAACGUCCACGGCCAGGCGAGGACGGGGGUAGCUGGCGGAGAUGCGGGCACACCGCCGCUGCCGCCGCCGCCCGGCAACUCGGUGGCGGCCAAGAAGCGUCCGCCGCCGCCGCCGCCGAAGAGGAGCGACAAGACGCACCUGACCAACCGGGUGUAGGAUCUAACUGAAGAAGAGUGCAAUCCGCACAAUCUUCAGUCUCCAGAGGAGGGAAUUUCGUGCCGGAGCGCAAAUAUUUACUUGUCUACGAGAAAGCAAAGAAAAUGAAUCUUACAAAUUCCUAUUUAAGUCUAGGCGACAACUAAGCGAGAUGGAAGAAAAAGCACUAAUUGAAUCAUACAUACAUGUAUGACUAUAUAUAUUUUCUAAGAAUAUGCUAUGGCCACGCCCACUUCUCUUACAAAAGUAUUACGCAUAACAGAGAAUCAAACUGUAGAAACUCCUUUUUUAAGUUCAGUGUCAAACCGCGUCAAAAGGGUCAACAAAUUUGUGGCCAUCUACUCAAGGUUUUAGAUAAUAUUUUUGAGCUUUUCGCUAAAUGCAAAAUGGGUUUUUCUUUAUUCGUUUUUUAAAUUUAAGAAUAUUAAAAGAGCGCAGUAAAAAUAUAGUAUUUUUGUUGACCCUUUUGACUCUGUUUGAUUAUUCAACCAUAUUUCUGAUUAAUUUCGUAAAUCGAAAACUCAGAAAAAGAAAAGGAGCUCUGCACUAGUAAAAAUAUUUAAGAUAAAUUUUAGUUUGUAAAAAGAAGAGAAAAAUUAAUUUUUAAAACGAUAGUGCAUUAUUUAAAAAACACUAAAUUAGCGUUAGAUAAGUGUACAAUGUUUUUAUAUAUACAUGCACUUUUUAAUUGUUCAGUUGCUCUUAGUAUUGAUAUUUUAUAUUUUUUUUUCGAUAAUCUUUGUAACGGUAGAGUGAACGUUUUGUAAGCGCAUGAAAUGCGCUGCGCUAGCAAAGGAAAUGCCUUAUAAAGCAUAUAAACCUAAAUAGGGAAAGCCCUGCAUAUACACCUAAUAUAUAUAUUAAUGCAUAUAUAUAUGUGUAUGUAUGUGUGUUGAUCUAUCCAAAUUAUUUGCUGUUUAAAGCGAUACUAUUCUUUUUACCCACAAAUUUUAAUUCCACAUUGAUUGUUCAGUUGAAAUAACAAAGUGCUUAGUUUUCAAAAGAUUUGUCAAGUUCCUCAAAUAGUGUUACAAUUAUCAUUCUCUUUGUACUUAUACCGAACCGCAGAUAAGACAGACAGAUCAGCCAUAAAAUGCAAUUUGUAUGUGCAAAUCAAACUAUUUCAAUUGAAGGCAAUAAGAGAAAAUGGAAUUAUUUCUGUACACAAAUCAAAUAUGUAAUUGUAAUUGUAAUAAUAUAUAAAUUAAUAUUUUCCUAAAUUUCGUUUACAAAUUUUGUUUCCCAACAUAUCAUUUCUUAAGCGUUCCUAUAGGUUCAAUUUUUAUGUGCAUGCAGGCAUUGAAUACGUUCAAUAAAGCUUAAUUCUUUGGGGAUUCUUUUCCCAAAAGAAAUUAUGCGUAGAAUAGCUUUCGAUUCGCUACGACUAAAUAUAUAUUGCAUUCUUUAAAUGGACGAUUUAAUAUCAUUGAUCGAUUAAGUAUUUGAUCAUUUUUGUAAUUGUUUUCGUGUAGUAACUUGUUUGCCAUUUGUUUUUAUGUAUGUUUGUGUACAGCCAGAGACAGCCAUAUAUACAAUAUACACAUAAUUAUAGCCGGAACCCGAAUAAUUUGAGUUGAAAUGUAUCUGAAAUCAAACGUUGACUGUUACGGUCCCAAUACACAUUGUAUAUAUAGGCAAAGCUAUAUAGUUCUGUAUGAAGUUUUGUUACGUAUUAGUCGGCAUGUGUAAUGCGAUCGAAUAGUGAUCGAUCGAACCAAUCGAGUAAAACUUCGCCUUUCUUCUCCAGCCAUCCAGCCAUCCUAAAAGUGUUCAGUCUCCCAUCCCCGAAGAUCCCGCAUCAGCUAUAUAUGCUUGCUUUUGUUUCCCAUCCUACGUCAAAUAUAUAUAUAUAUAUAUGAAAUAUAUAUAGAAACUUUCGGUUUUGAAUACAAGAAACUAGCAUUGGGUUUAUUAUGGUAAAUUAAAAUUUUACUUUCCUACGUAUACAAAACUAAAGGGUAUUAUGCAUAUAGAUCUAGAUAUAAACAUACUUAAAUAAAGGAAAUGCCAAUUUUUUAAAGCUUGAAUUUAUAUGAACAUAUUUUUUAGACACUAUACGCUAUAUAUAUAUCUAUAUAUAUAUGGUAGCAACACAAGGAUGUGCCAUAGGCGCCGUCGUCGUGUCAAAACAAAAAAAAAAAGAGAAGAGAAAGAAAAACCUGCAACAUUUUUUGCUAAAUGAAUGUAAUAAAAUCUAAAUGAACCUAGUCAUUAAGUCCAAGAUAAACUGAAAGAAACAUUUAAAAGCUAAAUAAAUUUAUAUAUAAAUGACAUACAUAUACACAUAUGUAAUUGUACGCAAAAGAACGUGAAAUCUAGAAACUUACUUGAUGCUUUGACUACAAAAAGCAUUUUAAAGAUAAUUUGUUUGCCAUCUUAUAUAUAAUUUAUAUUUUUUUGUUUCCGUUCGUUUGCUUAAAGUUUUCGAUUCUCGAUUUCAGUGUAUAAACAAAUUAAGUAACGAAAAGAAAUAAAUCAAGGUUCAACUAAAAGAACAAGAAAUCAAACACAAAACAGAAUCCUAAUUAUAUAAAGUAAGGAAAACUCAUAUUAAAGCCCAAGCUACAACUAAAAGAAAAGACUACAACUGGAGGAGAACAAAAUAAGUAAGUUAAUUAUUAUAUCGCCGACACAUUCAGACAUCACUCAUAUGCAUUAACUACAAAUUUACAAAUACA